UGAGAGAGUUAAAAAUAUGGAAAGAGAAAUGGCAUGAGGGAGCAGUUGCACCACCGAACUUCAAUGAUCUCUCUAUUUCCUAUUUAAAAACCAGCACAUGAAAAUAAUUGGCAUUGAAUAAAACAUCUACAUUUUCUUGAAAUCUCAUCUCCAACACCACUUAUUUUCACAUAAAUAUGGAUUCAAACAAGAUAGCCGACAUUGUUAGGAUUCAACAGAUUUUCAAGAAAUGGAAAAAGGCAGCUACUACUUCAAGAAGCAACAUCAAAAGAAAUCGUUCGUUCACCGAUCAUAUCGACUGUACAUCAUCCCGAGAUCACAAUGUAGUCCCGAAAGGAUUUAUCGCGGUCUGCGUCGGGCAAGAAGUGAAGAGAUAUGAGAUUCCCGCGGAGUAUUUAGGGCACGAAGCUUUCGGAAUGCUAUUACAGCAGGCUGAAGAGGAGUUCGGGUUUGAGCAAGAGGGAGUUUUAAGGAUUCCAUGUUCAGUGUCUGUGUUUGAUAACAUACUGAAAAUUGUUCAGCACGAGAAACAAAUCAUGGCAUCAGGUGAUAGAAAGAUUAUCGAUCGGCUGUGGCUCACUUGACUGUAAUUCUCAUCAUCCUCAACUCUACCUAUGGUUAGAUGAAUUUUUUUUAGCGUUGCUAGUUUUUUUUUUUUCUCAUUGGAUUGGAUGGAUGCUCCAUGUUGUAAGUUGUAACAUGUUAAGUUGGAAAUUAUUAGUUUUUAUUAAAAGGAAGUACGAAAAGUACCUUUUUUUUA